AUGGCCAAGAAGACGGACGAGACCAAGCUCAUUGCGGGCCUCUUGGACCGCAUCGUCGGCAAGGCCCGCGAGUGCGACGUCUGCGGCUACAGCUUUGGCUUUGCCCAGAAGCGCCACAAGUGCGACGAGUGCGACCUCGCCGCGUGCGCCAAGUGCUACGCGCUCACCAAGGCCAAGCUCAAGUGCGGCUACCGCGCGCGCGACGACGAGUGUACGCUGUGCUUGCACCCGCUGCCGCCGUCCCGGCACGCCAUCGUGUGGGAGAUCCCGCCCGCGCAGCGCGGCCUGUCGCUGAGCGCAGCACAAGAGCUCUGUCCGGAUGCGCCGAUCAAGCGUGCGCCAGUGUCACCUGUGGCGUGCAAGCGAUGUGCCAGCGGCGGCGAGGCGCCUGCGCUCGACGCCACCAACGCCCGCGUCGCUACGCUUGAAGGCCAACUCGCGACGGCCAAGCGGCAGCUCGAGACCCUCCAGCGCGAGACGCCCGCGCGGCCCGUGAGCGACCUCGAGAAGGAGAACCGGCGCUUGAAGCGGCAGCUCGAGCAAGCCGGCAUGCAGGUCGCCGACAACAUGUCGUACGCGGACGCCAAGGCGUCCAUGACAUCGAUCUCGCGGCGCAUGGCCGAGAUUGGGUCGAGCGACGUGCAACACCAGGACAAGGCGGUCCAAGCCGCGCUGCAAGGCGAAUACUUUACGCUCGAGCAAGAGAUGGAAAAGUGCUACGUGGCCAUGAUGGCGUCCGAAGAGUACGAAGCCGAGAUCCGCGAGGCCGAGAUCGCGUGGCAUACCAAGUACCUUGCGACGCACGAGGCCGCGCUACGCUCGGUACGCCAAGGCAUUCCCGUGCACGUGGCCAAUCUCUCCAAGGACGCACUCGUGGCGCAUUUGCAGGCGCAGACUUCUCGCCCGGAUGCGCCAGUCGUGGCGCGCCGCCUCAAGACGCUGAAAGUGCUCCACCUCCUGCGCGUCGAGCCGCAAAAGAUCCUCGUCGUCCAUCCUUGCGAGCUCGUGAAGCUGCCGUUCAACAAGCUCUGCCUCCUCGAGCGCCAAGCGCUUUACGCUGCCCUUUUCGACAUUGCAGCCGAGUGGCAAAAGCAGGACAAGAACAAGAACUUUGGCGACAAGUUCAAGUGGUUCAAGAGCCUUCGCGACGGCCUCAUGCGUGACGUCGCGGCCAUCGAGGCCCACAUUGGGCCUGACCACACCUGCGAGCUCAAGGCCCGCUGCCCCGGCCAUCUGGAGCAAAAGGCCGCCGACGUGUACGCGACGUCGUGGGGGUUUCCGAGCGGCGCCAUCUUCCCGUCGGCCGCCGACGUUGUGCCGGUCGAGGCCCCAGCGGUCGUCGUGGCCAAGCCAGCGCUCCCGACUGCGCGCAAGGCCCCUGCGAAGCCCCAGCGCCCGACGCCGAUGGGCGGCGGUGUGCCCAUGAGCCUCCUAGCGGCGCUGCAAGCUCGCAAGAAGGACUGA